UUAGUGAGGCUUGCUCGAUUCACUCUCAGCCGUCAGCCCCUCAAGGUCUCAGUGAGGCUUUGCUUGAAAGGCUGCCUGCCGCUCCCCUCUCCCCCUCUCUUCCCUAUCUCAUUUCCAAGUUCCAACCCUACGUUUCUUUCACUCCAGCCGUCCAGCCUCCAGCGCCGCUCGACCCGACGACAGACGGACCAGUCGACUGUCCACUGACUCAACUCUCCUUCCCAUUUCCAACGCCGGUGGUCCGAGAAGUUACCUUGCACAGUCUUCAUUCCUCUCUCUCUGUCUCUCACUAUUCGCCAAAGAUUUUACAGACCAAUCUCUCUUUUCUCAAUAUGAUUGUGGCUGAAACCGAGACCAUUCAUCCCCAAGACCAUUCAUCCAUCGCAAUGUCCAACCCAAACCCACCUCCAACAGCCUCCAGGGUCAGCACCAAGACCAUUCACAAAGCCGUGAAGGCACUCCUGAAGUGGAGAAACUCCAAGUCGGAGACCGAAAAGCCCCAGCUACUAGAACACGAGGAAUACUUCUACCUCAUACUCACCCUCAAGAAAAUCCCUUCCCAGUCUCGUGUGAAUCCACACAAGAUCCUACUCCCGCACGCCCUCCACCCCCCCAACCUCUCCCAAGAGCUCUGCCUCAUCGUUGACGAUCGCCCCCACUCCAAUCUCAACAAAGCCUCCGCCAAAUCCAAGAUCGAAUCCGACCAAAUAGCCAUCUCCAAGGUCCUCAAGUUGUCCAAGCUCAAAUCAGACUAUCGCCCAUUUGAGGCCAAGAGGAAGCUGUGUGAUUCAUACGACAUGUUCUUCACAGACAAGCGGAUUGUGCCGCUCUUACCUGGGUUGUUGGGGAAGCACUUUUUUAAGAAGAAGAAGAUUCCAGUGCCGGUGGACUUGAGGCACAAGAAUUGGAAGGAGCAGAUUGAGAAGGCCUACUCUUCAGCCCUGUUGUUCUUGAAGACAGGGACUUGUAGUGUGGUGAAGGUGGCGAGGGUGAGUAUGGAGGAGGAGGAGAUUGUGGAGAAUGUGGUGGCUGUGAUCAAUGGGAUUGCGGAGAUUGUGCCCCGGAAGUGGGUGGGCGUGAGAUCGUUGCAUCUGAAGCUGCUGGAGUCAUUGGCAUUGCCACUGUACCAGGCGGUGCCGGAUGUGAGGUUGAGGAUUGAGGGAGUGAAGGAGGAGGAAGAGAAGGGAGAGGGUGAAAAGGUUGGUGAGGAUGAGGGGAAGAAGGGUAAGAGAGUGGGGAAGAAGAGAGGGAGGAUUCAUGAAGUGAGGUACAUGGACGGGAUUGUAGGUGAGGUGUUUAAUGAAGAUGAAAUGGGCACCGAUGAGAUUGAAGGCGGGGAUGUUGGUGAAGGUGAGGAUCGUGAGAAUGGUAAAAUGGGUAGUGGUGAAUUGGGGAGUAAGAAGAGGAAAAAGGGAGAUAAGGCUGAAGACAGGAUUUCUGGGGAGUCAAAACGCGUAAAGAAGCCGGGUAAGUUGAAGAAUAAAGAUGGUCUAACAUAUAAGAGAGAUGGGUUGCUGGUUGCGAAGGGAAAGAUGGAAGAUAAUAUUAAGAAAAGAAAGGUCGGGUUGCCUGUUGAAGAUGGGGAAUCUGGUGGAAAGAAGGAGAAGAAGAGUGGGCUGUUGAAGUUGAAGAAUGGAGAAACAAAGGUGAAGGCUAAGAAAAGCAAGAAAGCAGUGGAAUAAUUUUUAUUUGAAAGACCAAAGAAGUUGGAGAUGGUAAUUUGUCCUCUAGAAGAUUUUGUUUUGAGUGUCGGUUGCUGGCCGCAUCGGCCCGGUAACUUUUGUAUAGUAUUCUGUCUUAUGUUCUUUUUCUUAGACUAAGAAAAUUCUGCUACUUGACAUUACUAACCACUUUCUUUGGUAAUUUGAUUAUUUAGAAAAAUUUUGAGUGGUUGUUUUAAUAUUUAAGUUAUUAUAUUUGCCUUUCUUUAA